UUCCUGCAAACCCAUAAUCUCUUCCUGUGUGGUUAUGAGCUCGUAGCAGUGGCUUUGGGAUAGUCGCACGAUGUUAAAAGCGCUUCUUUAGUCUUUAUUUUGAAUUUAAAAACAUCUAUUUUUUUAUUGCUAGCUGAUCUGUAUUUCUCUCUGAAUCUUCCAGACCGAGUCAGCAUGGUGUUCUACUUCACCAGCGCCGUUGUCUCGCCACCCUAUAUCAUCUACAUGGGUAAAGACAAAUAUGAAAAUGAGGAUCUCAUAAAAUAUGGGUGGCCUGAAGACAUUUGGUUUCAUGUGGAUAAACUGUCUUCAGCCCAUGUAUAUCUUAGAAUGCCCAAGGGGAGUACGAUAGAAGACAUACCUAAAGAAGUUUUGAUCGACUGUGCCCAACUAGUCAAGAACAACAGCAUUCAAGGAUGCAAAAUGAACAACAUUAAUGUUGUUUACACUCCAUGGAGCAAUCUGAAGAAAACUGGGGACAUGGAUGUUGGCCAGAUAGGCUUUUACCGUCAGAAAGAGGUGAAAACAGUAGCAGUAGAAAAGAAAAUCAAUGAAAUCGUCAAUCGGUUGGAAAAAACAAAAGAAGAGCGAUACCCAGAUCUUGCGGCUGAGAAAGAGUCACGAGACAGAGAAGAGAGAAACGAGAAAAAAGCGCAAGUACAAGAAACUAAAAAGAAGGAAAAAGAAGAAAUGAAGAGGAAAAAGGAGCAAGAGGAUUUAAGGAGUUACUCAUCCCUCAUGAAGAGUGACAACAUGACCACAAACGAGGAUGGCAACGACUCUGACGACUUUAUGUAACUGGACAAAAAAGGGACCUGCCAAUGAGAACUGACUCAUUUCCUACAGUUAUCCAACCCUACAACUGUGUACACACUCAGAAAAAUGCCAUAGUGUGCACUUCUGUUGGCUGGUGAUGGAGGAACUUGCUUUAAUGUACAUUUGAAAUGGUGAACAUGUGCCAAUACAGCACUAUGCCAGGACCAUCUUGAAGCAAAUUUACCAAUGCCUUCUUAAACAUGCAAAACAACAAGAACUAACAUAAUCUGAAUCGCAUAUUAAGGCUCAUUUGCCAGAGGAUAUUUGUGCUGGGGCUGUCCAUAAAGCAAGUUUUUUUUUUUUUUUUUUUCCUCUGUCAGCUUGUUGCUUUUUUUUGGACCCUGCAGUCAGUCAUUUUCAAUGUGGGCCUCAACUUUUCUGCAAAGGUUUUAGCAUUGGAUGAAUUAAAUAGAAUCUGUACUGGUUUUAUGUUUUUGAACAAUUUAGCAAUGACACAAUUUCAAGAUUAAGAUAUUAUGCAAGGGCUUGUAUGUUUAGCCCGUUGAUCAAGUGCUGCUGAUUUUUGUUCAGCUUUCUGGUUUGCCCAUAUAACUGCAAUUGCUUCAAGCAACGGAUCCCAUCUGUUCUCCUGCAGAGUGAAGCAGUUUUAGUGGAAAUGUGGAACCAGAUGGUGAUUUAAGCAACACUUCUGAGAUGUGGUGCUGUACAUCCUAACCUAAGUUGAUUUGUUAAUGAUUCCUUUUUGUUUUAAAGAUGAAUGCAAAACAAUAAAUCUUGAACCUUG